CUGCACCCUGCCGGGGAAGGGUGGCCUGGUGGGGCUUCUGGUGGCACGGGAGCCCCCAGGAAAUGCCAGGCCAGUUACCUCCCCAGUAGAAGGUGAGGAAGGGCACCUUAGCCCCAGCCCCCAUCUUUGGGUGGGCUUUGGAAGCAGCUGUGGGAGUAGUGGGGCCAGAUACAGCAAGCAGAGUGCCACCUGAGCCCAGCAGGGAUGUGAGGUCCCAGAGACCCCAGAGGAGGUAACGUAGAGAGCAUAGAGCAUGGCUCUGCACAGAGUAGGGUUGAAUGGACAUAGUCCUGAAGGGCAAUCCCGGGGGCACGUUGAGUAGGGUGAACUGGGAGUAAGCCUGAAGGGCAAUGCAAGCGCCAGCCCCGUGAGUAGUUUCUCAUGAAGAUGACAAGACCCCAGGGUGGGGUGUAGUGCAGAGGCUGUAGAGGGGGUGUGUGGGGAAGAGGCCAAGGCAUGGUCAUGGAUGCCUGAGGCCAUAGUUUGGGCCAGAAGCUGAGUAGAGGGUUCAGCCAGAGAGUUAGGGGUGAGUCCUGACCCCAGUAAGUCCUCUGCCGCAAGAAAGCUGAGAAUAUGCUUGCCCUUAAGAUCUUUCUUUCGUCCCAAUGACCUGCUGCUCCAGAGAGGGAGGGAGAGUCCCUGUGAGACCCUGGAGCACCAGUCCUGGUGUAGGCUAUGGUUACAUCAUGUGGAUCCCCUCUGCGAGGCAUGGGCUGCGGUGUAGGGGAGGUUGGAGCCGCAGAUAGCGCCCCCUGGCAUCAGGGCAAUGAAUGGGCAGUUCACCACCAGUUGAUGGAAACUACAAAGUCGUAGCAGGCAAGACAGGGCAGACUGCCCCAUAGAGACAGGUGGGUGGCUCGGCAUGAGACACGGCCCCGAGCAUGCCUCCGGUCACAGUGCUACUGCUUGUAUCUCACAUUUACCAGCUGGUCUCUAAAAGAUCAGCACAAAUGUAAUGGACAGAGUUCCAGCUCAGCUGCAGAUGGCUUUGGAGUCACACAUAUACAGUGAGUGUCAUUUCCCCCAAUAUGUGCAUACGUCCCCACUGCCCGACAAAACUAACGUUUACAGACCUGACGGGGUGCAUUUUUGAAAAGUGUGUCAACUCCUAUUAUUUUAUCAGCAAACUGCAGUGUUUAAUUUUCUUACAGUCCCAGAUCCUGGAUUCGGAAGCUUUGUUCUGAGCUUCCGCUUUAAUCUGAACCAAAAAAGAGAGAGUUUUCAGGUCUCGUGUUUGAAGCAAUGACAUUGAAAGUAUGAAAAAUCUGUUCUGAGGGACCUGCAGACCAGAUCCUCAAGAGAUGUGCUAGACAGACUUUGGUAAGAGGUUGAGCACUUUCUGUUGAAGCAGACGACACAACAAAGAGGAGAACAAAGACUUCACAGUUCACCCAUUGCACUGUGAGGGAUGAGGUGAUCUCGUAAGGAUGUUGAUUAGAUGGGAAAAAUAACCAGCCUGGAGAGAGUUACCCUACCUCCCUCUGGGGCCCCUAUGCUGAGUGAAAACAAACCCUACAUUUUUCAGACAGCACAGGUUUUGAUUUUUUUGGCAGACAUUGCAUCGUUCAUAGGAAACGACAUUUCACCCAAGUGCUCCUGAGAGGUGACCGAAUGCUGCCUGAACGGAGGCUUAGCAUGGAGACUGCUGGAUAAGAGCGCUGUGCAUUUUUGAGUUGCUUCCUUAAGCCUGCAAAGGCCAGGAAUCGAGAGAGGCAAAUCCAGGAACCUGGACUAACAGAUUUUCCUUCUACAUGUGAGUGAGGGUCUUCUCAUCCAUGAUUGAUGCCAUCCCUGGAUGUGUCUGAACAGCAGAUCCAGGUCUCCACAAUGAAUCCAGACAACGCCACCAAGCCUGUGACUGAGUUCAUCUUGUUGGGUUUCCCUUCCCUGGAGCAGAAGAACCGCAUCCUCCUAUGCAUUCUUCUCUCCUUAGCCUAUACUGUGACGCUGGCAGGCAACUUGUGCAUCGUAUGGGCUGUUGUGCGAGACCCCCGCCUCAACUGCCUGCCCAUGUAUGUCCUGCUGGGGAACUUCUCUUUCCUGGAGACCUGCUAUGUCACCGCCACGGUGCCACGGAUGAUCUCAGACCUGGCAACCCCCCAGGGAGAUGUCAUUUCCUUUCACGGCUGCUUCCUCCAGUUCUACUUCUUCUUCUCCAUGGGGGCUGCUGAGUGCUUCUCCCUUGCAGCCAUGGCUUUAGAUAGGUACCUGGCGAUCUGUCAUCCCCUGCACUACUCCAGCUUUAUGUCCCAGCAGCCCUGCCUUGUUCUGGUGGCCUCUUGCUGGUUCCUGGGCUUCCUGUGGUUCAUAGUCCCCAUUGUCCUCAUCUCCAAAGUCCCUUUUUGUGGCCCCAAUAUUCUGGAUCAUUUCAUGUGUGACCCUGUGCUAUUGUUAGCUACUUUCUGCAUCCCAGCUCCCCGCACUAAACUUUCUUGCUACGUCCUGUGUUGCCUCCUUAUCUUCACCACUUUCCUCUUCAUCCUGACCUCCUAUGUGAUGGUCCUUAGGGAAGUAUUUAGGCUGCCAGAGGGGUCUGGUAGGCGCAAGGCUUUCUCCACCUGCACCUCACACCUGGCCAUAGUGGGUCUCUUCUACACCUCUGUUAUGGCGACCUACAUCAUUCCGUCAGCCCCUGGGAGCAAUGGGAAGGUGGUGACCCUUUUCUAUGUGCUGGUAACUCCACUGCUUAACCCACUGAUCUACAGUUUGAGAAACAGGGAGAUGAAGGAAGCAUUGAGGCGGACACUACUGGGGAAGAGGUAAUGUGUUUCCUCUGGCUCUCAGCUGGAAAGGAGUGGUGCAGAGAAUCAGGCAAGGGACCUUUUCCUGCUAGAGGGCCCCUGUUCCAGUUCUGCCCAAGGGCAGUGGGACUGGCUACAGCAGGGACCUGGUUCUGGGAUCUAGGGCAUUUGAAGUCUAGGACAUGCUAGCUUUGAUCCAACUAACUAAGCAGAGCAUUUGAGCAAUUCUAAAGAGUCACUGUAUAAAACUAGAGCAAAAAUAUUGUGUGUGCAUGUGUGUGUAUGUCCUUUGGGGGAUCUGCUCUGAAUGGCUCCCUACAGAGACAAUCCUCUGAGCCCUGUGGACCUUGCAUUUCUCCAGUUUAAGACC